CAGGAAGAUAGAAAAAAUUAUAUGGCUCCCAUCUGACAACAUGCACCAUCAGUGGCUGCUGUUAGCUGCAUGCUUUUGGGUGAUAUUCAUGUUCAUGGUUGCUAGCAAGUUCAUCACACUGACUUUUAAAGAUCCUGAUGUAUAUGGUGUCAAGCAAGAGCCAUUAAUGCUGACGGCCAUGACAAAAGUUGAAAAGAUACAAGUGCCAGAGGAGAAACGUUUGCCCGAAGAAUCCCAGCCAACUGGAAAAGUUAUUUCUGAAGAUCUGAUGCACCAAUCCCUGGUCCAUGUGAAAAGGAUUGAGCUUCUCAGCAACGUGUGCAGAGAUACGGCGUUGAGAAAUCUCUCUCAUACGACCAUUUCCAAAUUUGUCUUGGACCGAAUAUUUGUUUGUGAUAAGCACAAGAUCCUGUUCUGUCAGACGCCGAAAGUGGGCAACACUCAAUGGAAAAAAGUCUUGAUUGUUUUAAAUGGAGCAUUUUCUUCCAUAGACGAAAUCCCAGAGAACAUUGUACAUGACCAUGAGAAGAAUGGCCUUCCACGCUUAUCUUCCUUCAGUGACUCUGAAAUUCAGAAACGAUUGAAUUUGUACUUCAAGUUUUUUAUUGUAAGAGAUCCUUUUGAAAGACUUAUUUCUGCAUUUAAGGACAAGUUUGUCCACAACCCUCGAUUUGAACCUUGGUACAGGCAUGAAAUUGCUCCUGGCAUAAUUCGGAAAUAUAGGAAGAAUCGCACAGAGACCAGGGGGCUACAGUUUGAGGACUUUGUGCGCUAUUUGGGGGAUCCAAACCACCGAUGGCUUGAUGUUCAGUUUGGUGAUCACAUUAUUCAUUGGGUAACAUAUGUGGAACUUUGUGCCCCGUGUGAAAUAAGGUAUAGUGUGAUUGGACACCAUGAAACCCUGGAAGAUGAUGCUCCAUAUAUUUUGAAAGAAGCUGGAAUAGACCAUCUGGUAUCAUAUCCCACAAUUCCACCAGGAAUAACGGUAUACAACAAAACAAAAGUAGAGCAUUAUUUCUCAGGAAUUAGCAAGAGAGAUAUAAGACGCUUGUAUGCCCGCUUUGAAGGAGACUUUAAACUCUUUGGAUAUCGGGAACCAGAUUUCUUGCUAAACUGAUGCCUAGAAACUGAAGGCAUGUCUAUCAUAUUAACUGAAGUAUAUGAAUACCAGCUGCAGCACUGACAAACUGAUAUUAACAGUACUGUACCAUUGUUUUCUAGCUUUUUGAUGUUGCUCCAUUUUUCAGUGUAAUAUUUGUCACAUGUACAAUUAGGGGUUCUUAACUGUUAGCCACUGACCAUGUUUUCAACAUAUGACAUUGCAGUCUUCUAUUGUGAAUGAAACUAUCAUCCAACAUAUACAAUGUCAUUUAUCCCUUCUUUCCAAGAGAAAAAAAAAACAAAAAACAAUAGGCUAUACAAGAACAUAAAAUAGAAUGCAAUGUAAAAUGUUGUAAAGCAUUUGUAAAGAUGCCAGUUUUGCUGUAGUAUAGCUUUGUGAAAUGUAAGGGGACCUGAUGCUUACAGAAAGAAAUGUGGAGUCUUUCAUUGGCUAUGAAAACUAGAGACUGAUAUAGGACCAAAAACUGAUGAUGCACUAGACAAGCAAAAGAUGUCCAGAUUCUACUGUGGCUGCUAUGAAUUGUUGUGCUGAGCUAAUGCUGUUUCUUGCAACACAUAAAAUGAGUCUUAACUUGACAGAAGCUUCAGUCCUAUCCUGAAAGGGCAGAUUUCAGAGGCCAUUUGUUUUUAUUUAUUUUGUGUCAUGGUGUCAUCUGUACUUAUUACUCGUCUAUCAAGCAACAUAAUUGUUCAUUUUAGAAUUAUCAUCUUCCAGAUUUGUAUAGUGUCUGAAAACUUAAGGUGGAGCAUUGACCCCAAUGAGAAAUUUAGAAGGACUCUUGGGGAAACCUUGAGGAAAACUAAUUAAAAAGUAAAGAUUGACUGUAUUUGCAAGAACAAACAUAGAAACCCAGGCCCACUUUUUAAAUACUGUGCAUUUUAACAUGGUUUAUUUUCUAAUGUUGCAGGCUGUUACAAAUAUCAAAUAAGCCAUGAAAACAAGAAAGCAUAUGAACAUACAGAUUGCCAUAAUUAACUGGACUAAUUGUCCAUCCACUCCAGUAUCCUGCUUUCAGCAGUGAUCAGUACCUGAUGCUUCAGAGAAAAACAAAUCACUUCACAAAAUGUACCUCCCCAAUUCUGAAUGAGAAGAUUCAUUCUUGACUCUUUCAGGUGGUCUGCUGGCAUAAUGCCCUAAAUCAAAGGUGCCCAAACAUCAUGCCACCAGCUUGGGCAACAUGCCAGGAGUUCGGGAAUUAAACUGGUUUCUACAUUUGCCUGUGUGCACACUGUUCGUGUUUAAGAGAAGUAUUUUUGUUUUGAGUUCACCAGCAAUAAAAUCUUGUGUAGUCAGCUUUGCCUCCCCAUCCUGCAGUAAGUGUCAAGGGGGAAAAUCAGAUAGGACACUGUGAAUCCUAAAAUGCAGCUAUUUGGCUGCUGAGCUUCAUGGCAAAAGGAUGAAUUUUGAAGCUAAUAGAGUCUGAACUUGCGUGGCCAGAAUAAUGAAUGAUGGCCAUAAAGUUAUGGAGUCUCUCUCUUUAAAUCCAGGCACAGUAUUUGUCUGAAUUGCUUUCUGUGGCAGGGCAAAGGAAGUAUGUCACAUCUGUGAACCUAAAGAAAGGAAAAUUGGUGCCAAAUUAGACACAGGCUGCUGUCUGCAAAAAGGAAGGCCUGCAGUGUCUGGAUGUAAUUCCAGAAGCAUAUCGGCAGACUGUUUGGUAUAAAGGAGAAUUGUUUACUGAGAAUUGCUCACAAAAGAACAGUUUGAGGUGGCAAAGCUUGAAGUGCUCUUGUUUUUCUUGAAAAAGCAGCAGUUACAAUGUUUUAGAUUUGUUACUUCUUAACUGGUAAUUAAAGGAUGUAACAGCUCUGUUAUUUUUAUAUGAAGUCAUAGCAAAGUAUAUUGUUAAAUGCAUUUCAGAGCUAAUGAGCUGAUUGAUUACCUCUCUUCUGAAUUAAAAUGUAACAGUGUGAAUAAUGUAUAAUGAAUUAAGGCCUUAAAAUUUAAUCCUAAUAAAGGUGAAGUAGAAUUA